CCAACACUCCUAGUCAAGUUUCAACGUUACAGCUGGUUACCAGUACCAUCGCGCACGGUCAUUGGGGUUAAUAUCGUCUUUCUGACAAAACCAUCAGUUUCCGACUUUGAACCUUUCGCAUUAGGUAAGAAUAAACUUCUUUCCAUCGGAUGUCACAGUUUGUUGUUAGUAAGUUAUCUGCUUUGUGAGCUUAUUUGCAGUGAUUCGAUCGGAAAACGCAAUCGGAAUUCAGGAUUUUAACCAGCUCGUCAAGUAAAAGAUUACUUUAGGGUUAACUGGAGGUGAAUCAUGGAUGACGAAAUGGGUGAAAUAUCGGACACAAGUCCUCUCCCUUCAACCGAGGCAUACUACCAAACAUCUACAGACCAGCACUCAAAUUCAUGGAGAACGUUCAAAUUCGACGACUACACACAACGUGUAGUCCUAUCAGUUUUCUUCAUCAUCAUAGCCACUUUAGGAAUUUUCGGGAACAGCAUGGUUGUCCUCGGCGUUAUUCUGUGUCGCAAACUUCGAACGGUGACAAACAUUUUCGUGGUGAACCUCGCCGUAGCCGAUUUGCUCACGGCGUUGACGAUUCCUUGGAACGCGGUCGCGCUGCUCAGCCGAAGCGGUUGGCCCUUACCGGAGUGGGUGUGCGUCGUUGUCGCGUUGGUGAGCUUCACCUGUGUGGGUUGCAGUCUCUUUACCUUGGCUACUAUCGCCAUCAAUCGGUGGCUCGUCAUUACUCAGAGUUUGAAUACUUUUCGAAGAGUCUACACUCCGGUCAAUUUAACCUUCAUGAUCCUGGCCAUAUGGUCUGUGCCAUUCCUCGUUGCACUGCUCCCACCAAUGGUCGGUCUCGGUGAGCUUGGAUACGCCGAUAAGUACAGUACGUGUUCCCACAAGACCACGCACCCGUUGUCAGACUACUACAGCGUUCUACAAACCCUGAUAUUCUACCCAGUCCCACUCGUUAUAAUUAUUGUUUGCUACGUGAAAGUUUACCUCCAUGUCAAACGUCACAUGAAGGCAAUGACCGAGCAAGCCGAAGGAUCUUCUACGUCCAUGCAUGCAAGUUUAAAACGACAAUCCAGCCAGCAACAACUGCGUUUAAGCAAACGACAGGUCGAAAUUACCAAGAAUCUCUUUUACGUAGUCCUCGCAUUCUUGAUCUGUAUCACACCGUACGGAGUAGCGCUCAUGAUUCCGCCAAGCGACCCAGCUAUACCAUGGACGGCCGCCAUCUUACUUUGUAAUAGCUGUGUUAAUCCUAUGAUUUAUGCCACCAAACAUCCAAACUUCAAACUAGUUUUUAGGUAUAUGCUGACCUGUAAAUGCCACAAAAUUCCUGAGCAGUCGGAAUUUCUUCGAUCUGUGCGUUACCUAAAUGCCCGCCGACAAUCACGUUAAUGGAGGUACAUAGGCCUAACCCUGUUUCGAAUGAUUGCUUAUUGAAGUGAAUCUAUUUCAGAUUCGUGCGACUUUGAUGCUUCAAACCUGAGAGUGACGCCAUCAAAAAUGGAGGGAAAAUGAGCAAUUUUAACAUGUAGAAAUGGCUAGUUUGUAAUCACCAUGACGUGGAUUGUUGGUCCGCUUACGUGGGAUCUGAAGGUAGCUCAACUGAAGUCUCUCCCGGAAAAUAAGCAAAGAUGAAGCAGAGCGAAUUUGUGUUGUUCAACAAAGAAUAUUCAACAGUACACGCUGCAAAACCACUUAGUUCUUCUUGAACUCGUCAUAAAAAAAUAGGAGUAUAAUUAUGUGCCACAUUUUCAAUUGGUGACUAGUGUUGAUCGUCCUCAUUACUCAUUAUCUGGAGGAGCAUUUUUUUUUCGUUGGAGUAUAUAUUCAUUGGUCUGUAAGUGAAUAGUGUUUGUCCGGCGAGGGUUCAAAAUGGAUGCCAAAAUGUUCAGUUAUAUAAUUACCAAGCACCCGUUUGGGCCAAAUCUCUCCAGGUUAUAUACAAACAAAAGUCAACAAAAUUACUCAUAUGACAAGUCCAUUCUCCUUUGUAUAUCAAUAUUCAUUUAACUUUCGAGGGGUAUCGCAACGAACAAUUGGGUCUGCCCCCUGUUUUUGAUCAACGAAAAAGUCUAGUCACAAUGCAGACUAAUGCUACCUAUAUUUACAUUUCUUCUUUUUCCUCUUCUUCUCUUCCUUUUUCUUUUUCUUCUUCUUUUUCUUCUUCUUCUUCUUC